UCCUUCAGAUGUGCUGCUUCUUCCACUCCUGGAUCCUGCCCUGGAGCAGGUUCAGGUCUUGUCUAAAAAGUGAUGCUGAAGGUGAUGGAGGCCCUGUCAUGUCCUUUGUCUCUCCCCUCACAGCUCCUCAGCUGUUCUCCUUGCUUAAAAAGCCACAUCAAUAUUGGGUUUUAAAGGUGGGAUGAAGUGUUUUGUGGAAUUCAGGCACACCUUCUGACUGCCCUCCUCUCAUGAUCCCCAGCAAUCCCUGCUCCAGGUGUUGUGUCAGGACUUACACAGCUGCUCCAUUGCUUUUUAUUGGAAUUCCCAGUUGUGGGUUUCUUCCUUUUUAUUUUUCUGUUUGCAAAUUCACCUUUUUAACAUCUAUGAAUCUUCAGUUUGUUCCUCAUCCACCAGAGCCUUUCAGUUCCUGCAGAGAAAGGAGCAAUGCUUGAUUCUCCCAACCUUUGACAUCCCCAGACUCUCCAUAGGACUUAACCCCCCCAGACCAUCCCCUUUCCACUCCCCCAGAAGUUUGUUUCACCCUCUUCUUUCUUUGCAAACUGAAAAUGCAUGAGGGGCAGAUUUGGGAAUACAAAGUGUGACUUGUAGAAGGUUUGGAGCAGCAAAUCCUUGAUUUCUGCAGGGAUGGUGUGUUUCAGGGGCAGGUGGGCAGUUCUGGGUGCUGCUCUGCCUCACGAGGUGUAUCCAGGUACAAAACCUCUGGGGUGAGUUCCCAGAGCUGUCACUAGUGUCCCCAAGCCAGUUCUGGGGGUAAAACAAACUAUUCCAGUGAAAUCCAGAGCUGUCACCAUGACUGUGCUCCCUGACAGCCCAAGGUCACUGUCUGCACCUCCCUGAAGGACACUGGUGCAAGAGCAGCUGCAGCCACAUGAGGAAAGUGUUGGAUCCAUCCUUCAGCCCAGUGCUGAGAAGGAAAAACAGGCUUAAACCCUCCCUGGUGAACUGCUGAUGGCGGAGUUUUCCAGAGAACCUGGCAAGAAGCAGCGUGAACGUGCUGAUGUGAAUUUGGCCGUUAAUCUUCUGUAAAUCGAGCGGCCCGUGUGCGAGGGACAGCCGGGAGAAAUCGGCGUGACGUUUGCAUGGCCCGCUGCGCGCCCGCGCUAUUGAGGUGGGAUCUCAUGGCUGGAAUUCCGUGGACGCAGCUGCUGCAUCAGCGCCCCGGGAAUUCUGCUGCUCUGUUCAGAAGCAACCCCAUAAAUAGCGGGGCCGCCCGUGCCGCCCGGCACAGCGGAACCACACGGAGAGGCACAAUGACCGAGCAGCAAAGUCCCCCCGAGCAGAUGGCGACUGGGGAGGGUGCUGGCGAGCGAGGUGGCACCUACAAGAUCACAAUCUACGAGCUGGAGAAUUUCCAGGGGAAAAGGUGUGAGCUGACAGAGGAGCUGCCCAACAUCACCGAGAAGGAGAUGGAGAAGGUGGGCUCCAUCCAGGUGGAGUCUGGCCCGUGGCUGGGCUUCGAGCGCCAGGCCUACGCUGGGGAGCAGUUUGUGCUGGAGAAGGGCGACUACCCCCGCUGGGACUCGUGGUCCAACAGCCACAGCAGCGACAGCCUGAUGUCCAUCCGGCCCCUCCAGAUUGACAGCGCUGACCACAAGAUCCACCUGUUUGAGAACGCGGGCUACACCGGGCGCAAGAUGGAGAUCGUGGAUGACGACGUGCCCAGCCUCUGGGCCCACGGCUUCCAGGACCGUGUGGCCAGCGUCAAAGCCCUGAAUGGAACGUGGGUGGGCUAUGAGUACCCCGGGUACCGGGGCCGCCAGCACGUCUUUGAGAAGGGCGAGUACCGGCACUGGAACGAGUGGGACGCCAACCAGCCCCUGAUCCAGUCCGUGCGCCGCGUGCGGGACCAGCAGUGGCACCAGCGGGGCUGCUUCGAGAACAGCUGAGGGACCCCCCGCCCCCGCCGGGGCCGCUGGAGGGCUCCCCCCGCUGCUGCCGUGACCGUGGUGUUCUUUGUGCAAAAACCUCAAUAAAGCUCUGAGCUGGA